CGGAAGCAGGGUCGUGCGUGCGUGGGCGGAGCCGCGGGGGGCCGCUGCACCGGAAGCCCGGGCCAUGGACGGUCGCCCGGAGGGCGGAGGGCCGCCACUCGAGGUGCCCGCGGAGGACGCUGGGCCGCAGGCUCCUUCCUGGAGUGGGGACAGUGGCAACGUGUCGCAGAGCCACAGCAGCGCCUCGGGGCCGUGGGAGGACGAGGGCGCCGAGGACGGCGCGCCCGGUCGCGACCUGCCAUUACUGCGCCGCGCCGCUGCGGGCUACGCCUCCUGCCUGCUGCCCGGGCCCGGGGCGCGGCCCGAGGUAGAGGCCUUGGACGCCAGCCUCGAGGACCUGCUGGCCCGAGUGGACGAGUUCGUGGGCAUGCUGGAAAUGAUCCGCGGGGACUCGUCGCACGUCGUCGGCGAGGGCGUGCCCCGGAUCUACGCCAAGGCCGCGGAGAUGAGGCGCAUCUACGGCCGCAUCGACAAGCUCGAGGCCUUCGUGCGCAUGGUGGGCGGCAGCGUGGCCAGGAUGGAGCAGCAGGUCGCCAGGGCCGAGGCCGAGCUGGGCACCUUCCCUGGCGCCUUCAGAAAGCUCCUGCACACCAUCAGCGUGCCCUCCUUGUUUAACAAGCCGGCCCCUGCGAGGACGCAGCGCAGCGCCUAUGAGCCCCCUGCCCUGUUUCGGACCGAAGACCACUUCCCCUGUUGCAAUGACAGGCCCCUGCUCUGAUCCGCCGGCCCCUGCUGGAGGAGGACCCAGGGGAGCCCCUGAGCCUGAGUAUUAAUUAAAAACCCUAUUAAUUUAUGCUUGGGAGUAUGGAAUUUUAAAGUUUCUUUUCUGAGAACUCUGUUUCUCAGUAUCUUCAUUGUUUCACAUAGGAAGUGUAGAUUUUUUUUAUGUCUUCCAAUUCUACUCGGAAAGCUGCUUGGAUAGUGCGGUGCCCGUGUACUUCCAGCUACGCAGAAGGAUUGCCUGAGCCCAGGAGUUCGAGCCCAAGCUAGACCGCCUCGUGACACCGUCUCCAAAGCGAGAAAGAAAAGAUUCAGUGGAAGCUGCUCGGUGUGGGGAGUGGAGAAGCAAAAUGAAUGAGCGCAUCUCCACGAUGUGGUAGAACUCUUAUUUUUAUGGACUUUGCUAAUCAACUAACAGUAUUACCCAUUCAAGAUUUAUAUAUUUAUAUAAUCGCAAGAAAAAUGAACCAUUAAAGCCUAUUAUUAUUCAAUCCUAAUAGUGAUUCGAUUUUCCAUCGCCUGUCUUAAGGAGAGAUGGUACAUUAUUUAGCAUUUAACUUUACAUAGCGUACAUUGUAUCUUUUUUCCCCCAUAGCAUACAUUGUCUUUUUUUUUUGUACCAGGGAUCGAACUCUAGGGACCUUGUGCUUUCGAGGCAAGCCGCGGUGAGCCACUGAGCUAAAUCCCCAGCCCUGUCUUGUUUGUUUUUUGAGACAGUGUGUCAGUAUGUUCAGGCUGACCAUAAACUUGCUAAGUAGCCCUGGCUGGUCUCAAACUCACAGAAAUACUCCUGCCUCAGCUUCCCUAGUCCUGGGAUUACAAGCAUUCACUACUAUGCCCGGCUCAUAGCAUGCAUUGUAAAUGGAAAGAAACUUGACAAUUUUUAAGAAAAUACAUUGGUUCUUUGCAGUGAA